GCCCGACGACAGAAGUGUUCGCCUCACGCCACGCAAUGCGCGCGCGCAAGAUUAACUAACAGAAAAUUGAUUUAUAGUGUCGCGUUGAUACCGUUAAGUGAUGUGAUGGAGAGCCAGGGUUGGAGAGAGGAUUGGCAGCAGCCACGGCAGUUAGACGGUGUGGUGUCAAAUCAGUUUCCUCGCGGAGGAUUCCACCUGCACACGCUCGCUGAAAGAGUCAGCAGAGAUCAGGAGCAAUUACCAGUUCUUCCAACCCUUCACAACUCGAGGGAUAUUACCGUGCCAAUAUACAGUGAUAAUGCAGUAUGCUCCCGCAGCACAUAUUCCCCCCUGCAAGCCCUCAGCGAAAGCACCUGCAGGGACCACGCGGCUCAAACAGCACCUCCGGUACCACAGCCGCCACCAAGAAUUCAGGCAUCAAGUCAAAACGUAACCCUACAUCCAGCCGUGGCAAGAUGCACCGCAACACUAGAGCUUGCAGCACUUUGGCGUAAUUUCCACGAGCUCGGCACUGAGAUGAUAGUAACCAAGGCCGGGCGUAGAAUGUUUCCAGCUCUACAGGCCAGACUCUCCGGCCUAUUGCCGAAUGCAGACUACUUACUUCUGGUUGAUUUCGUGCCGUUGGAUGAUAAGAGAUACCGCUAUGCAUUCCAUAGCUCCAGUUGGGUGGUGGCUGGUAAAGCAGACCCGGUGUCUCCUCCGCGCAUCCAUGUGCACCCGGAUUCCCCUGCAACUGGUUCACAUUGGAUGAGGCAACUUGUCUCCUUCGAUAAACUCAAACUUACCAACAACCAGCUCGACGACAAUGGACACAUAAUCCUCAAUUCCAUGCACCGUUACCAACCACGGCUACACGUUGUUUACUUACCAGGAGAAGGCCAGACUGCUCCCCCAGGAACCGUACCUUACAGGAGCUUCAUCUUUCCAGAGACUGGCUUCACAGCAGUGACAGCUUAUCAGAAUCAUAGGAUAACUCAAUUGAAAAUAGCAAGCAAUCCAUUCGCGAAAGGCUUCAGAGAUUGCGACCCCGAUGACUGCCCACCAGAGCAAAGUCCACAGCGGAGCGCCCCGCGGCGACGCGAGCCUCAGACAGCGGAGCCCUACUCGCUGGCGCAGCCCUACGCAGGAGACCCAAGCGCAAGUGGACCCCUAUAUCCGGCGCAUGCACAUACAGUUCGAUACCAACCCCAUGCAAGUUAUAAUAGUGCAUACUCUGCGUACUACGCGCACAGAUAAAGAAUAUCAUUAUGAAUAAACAUUUUGGAAUAAAUGGAGACAUCACCCUGAAUACCUAACUGAAGACGAAGGAAGAAUUAAUUUAAUUUGACAUUUUAGUGACACCGGCUUUCUUACAUUCACAGUCAAGCAAUAUUCUGCCGUCAAGCGGUAUAGUGCAAGCCUUAGAUAUUUUAUAGGUCUAGAUAGACUGUGAUAGCUGUGAAAGCCUCGAAAAAAUUUGAGGUUAACUGAUAACCUCUAUUUUGAGCAAUGCCUGCACACUAACACAAAUUGACAUACAAAUCCCGAGUGUAAGACGUAGCUUGUCACGCAAACUAAAGUAAUAAACCUGGCCUGUUUUCAUCGAUGUUUUCCAUUUGCCAUGGUCUAUCUUGUUCUAGACUAAUAUCAAAAACUCGUGUACCUAUCAAAUUUCAACGACAGUUGACAAAGCCGGCGGCAGCGGGGCCAGAAAAAGGGGAAAAGGAUUUAUGAAUAACAUUGUGAAUUUUGAAUACUUAUCUAUAUAUCCCAACGCACAUAGCUAAAGUUAUUCAAAUCAAUGAUUUGCUAUUUCCGUGGGAUAACCGUUUUUUUUUCUUCAUGAAUUUGUUCAGAAUAGGCACCCAGUUUUGAUGAAUAAAAAAUAUAUUUAUAAUUAUGAUUACAGCUUAUACGUGGCUAUCCGAUAUUUUCAAAAGAGAAAAGCGGUUUAAAUUGUCUUUAGCAUUGAGUUUUGGGAUCAACUUAAUUUGAGUUUUCGCAACUACAUUGCAAACAACGGAAAAAUGUUCAAUUAAUGUUUUAGUUAAAUCAAUGAUCUCUCUUCAUUGAGGUAUUUAGUAGUCUUCAUUAUUUAUUUUGACUUCAGGAGUCCCAAACUAAGAAGUAUGUGAUAUGUUAAUGUAAAGACACCACCUUGGAGAUAGCAUAGGAAAAGUAUAAGUUAAUCGUUAAAGUUAAAGAAGAAAUUGUAUUAUUUAAAAACAUUAUUUUAUAUGUAAAUUAAUAUUAUGUAAUGUUUGUAACUUAAAUUAAGGAUUGGUCUACGCUGCGCUCCUACUAGAUAUCGAAGGCAUUAUCGUAAAGUGCGACAACUAAUACAACGCCCAAGUGGGCGUACUCGAGCCAUUCUCGAACAAUGUGUGACGUUGACGUGCCACAUGUUAAACUUUGCUAAUAAUUGAAACUAAAAUACCGGGUUGCGUAGUAAAAAUUUGUGAAAAUACUACAAGAAAUAAGAAAGACAUUGGGAAUUGGGAUCAAAGAUCAUUAGUAAAAAGUUUGUAUUUUAUUAAUUUAAAAGUAAAAUAACACGAAGCGUAAAUGCGAUUGAUUGUCAAGAUGCCACGCACAUAAGCAUCUAACAGUUGCUGUAAUAAAAAAGCUAUUGUUCUCAGGUAGUGCGGUAUCUAGUUGGAGCGCAGCAGAGACCAAUGCUUGAUCUAAGGCUUGUAAAUACCUAAAUUAUUACUGACUAAUCAUGAGCGCACAAUGUGAAAACAAUGAAUAGUUAAGAAUAAAAAAAUAUUCUUGAUUAGCUAUAUAAAAUAAGGAGGUAUGGAUCCUAAUUUUUUGUUUUAAGUAAAUCCAGAAAGUAAUAGUAUUUAUCCAAAUUUUUGAUAAAUUUAAGUAAUAUUCGAUUCUACUUUAUCUUUCUAUCAAAUAAUUAAAAGACGAAUCACUAUCAUAAAUUAUUAUUUCAUUAUUUAUUUAACAUGGCGGGAUUUAUGGUUACAUAAAGUGCAUAUUGGUGAAAUAAGUAAAUUGAACCCAUAUAAGAAAAAACAACUUUUAAAAUCAGAACACAAAGCCAACAACUGUAGAAUUGUUAUCAUAUUUGAAUAAUCCGUUACCAAUAAUUAAAUAUAAUGGUUGCCAUAGAAACGUGCCAAAUAUCACCAAAGAAAUAAUUUAGAAUAAGUUAUUACAAUUGUAUAUUUAUUCAUUGUAUUAAAUAAUUAUGAAGUUG